AUGGCAGAGGGUGAAGAUGUUGCAAUGUCGGGUUUGAAGUCUCCGGUGAGUCAAUCACAUGAAACGUGGAAGGAAGGGAUGGAAAGAAACCAAUCUCAAGUUGAUAUAUUGCAAGAAAAGCUUAAGGAGAUAAAGGCUUGUAUACAUGGAUCAGAGGAAGACUCGAAAAAGGAAUUAGAGGUUUUGUGGCAAAGAGUAAGGACUACUAAUACGUUGCUUACUUACUUGAAAUCAAAAGCUAGAAUCAUGGCCAUUCCUCAUCUAGCGCAUACGUCUUGUGGGAUAAAAAAAUUAGAUGGAGUAGGGCUUGUUGAUAAAGACGGGAUUCCGUUAUCGGGUUGGUCUAGGAAUGUUGAUCUUUCUUCGUUUGAUGGGAAAGAUGAAGAAGAAUCUUGGAUAGGAAUUAGCCGUCACCAAGGUUCGUUAGAUGAACAAGAUGCGGUUUAUAUAGGUGAGAUGUUGAACUCUGUUCAGAUGGUCACUGAUGUGAUGGAAGUGCUUGUCAAAAGGGUUUUGUUGGCAGAAUCGGAAACAACAAUUGAGAAGGAAAAAGUAAGUUUAGGUCAGGAAGAAAUUAUGCGAAAGUCUGCUCAGUUAGAGAAUUUGUCUAUGAAAUUGGAAGAAAUGGAGAGUUUUGCUUUGGGAACAAAUAGUAUUUUGAAUGACAUGAGGCAAAGAGUUGCGGAUUUGGUGGAAGAAACAACUAGACAGAGAGAGCGAGCUGCUGAAAAUGAAGAAGAGCUUUGUAGAGUGAAACAGGAAUUUGUUUCUCUCAAGUCAUAUGUCAGUAGUCUAAUCACAGUGAGAGAAACUUUACUAUCUUCAGAGAAGCAAUUCCAAACUAUUGAGAAGCUGUUUGAACGGCUAGUUGGAAAGACUACCCAGUUGGAGGGUGAGAAAAUGCAGAAAGAAGCUGAAGUUCAGAAACUUAUGGAAGAGAAUGUGAAGCUGAGUACCUUGCUUGACAAGAAAGAAGCUCAACUUCUGGCAUUGAAUGAACAGUGUAAGAUGAUGGCCUUGAGUGCUUCAAACAUGUAA